AAAUAGCGCCAUCUGUACAACAUGGUAUACAGAUAGUUUUUAUCGUCUCUCGUUCUCAACGUCAAAAAUACGUUGUUCGUCGCGUUUUCUAUUGUAUCUAUAACCAUUUCAAAAAUUACUUUUCGAUUAUAUAACAUAUUUAUAGAAGUUACAGUUCUUUUUUUUACUAUUUUCUCUCAAUGCAAUAGUAAAGUGCUACUUACGUGUAUUCGUCAGGAAACAUGGAAGAUGUUUUAAAUGAUGUUGUUUCAUCUGAAGAUUUAAAGAAAUUUGAAAGUGUGUAUCAUCAGCAAUUGCAUACAUCAGAUGUUACACAAAAAGCACAAUUUGAAUACGCCUGGUGCCUUGUACGAAGCAAAUAUUCUGCUGAUAUCAGAAAAGGAAUACUGUUAUUAGAAGACCUCUAUAGCAAUCAUGAAACAGAGAAACGUGAUUGCUUAUAUUACUUAGCCAUUGGAAAUGCCAGAAUAAAGGAGUACUCGAAAGCACUGUCGUACGUCAGGGCAUUCCUUCAGAUUGAACCUGCAAAUGUGCAAGUACAACAUCUGGAAACAUUGAUAAAAAAGAAGAUGGAAAAAGAGGGCCUUGUGGGUAUGGCUGUUGCGGGAGGUGUUAUUAUUGGUAUUGCAAGCAUUCUGGGCCUGGGCAUUGCAAUGGCCAAAAAAUAAUUAUUUAUGAAAAAAAUUGAUUUAUAAUACAAUUGUGAUGUAGCUUAUUUACAUAAAGUGGUACAUUGUCUCAUAAUUGCUAUGCGAGACAAUGUUUAGUCAUGAACAUAAAAAAACAAGUGUACCUUGACCAAAUCCAAAAAAUUGUACAAGUUGUAAUAUCAUUUUUCUAUUAACUAAAAAGUAGAAUAAGAAAAGAUAAACAGAAAAAAUAUUAAGUUAUUUUAAGUCGUAUACAGCUGCGUAUAUGAUUGUUUAAUUAUUUCAAGUAAAUAUACUUGUGCAAUAGCACAAAAUGUAAUUUUUUUGUCUUAUGUGUCAAAAAUAUCUACUUAGAUCAG